AUGAGUGUCGAGACUUCUGCAAACAUUGGCAUCGCCCUGGAUUUUGGGUUUUCACAUUGUGCCAAACCGGGACCCAGACGGAAGCGAAAGAGGUCCCCGAGAGCGUGUUUGGUUUGUCGCAGCAGGAAAGUCCGAUGCGAUGUCCUCCAGAAGAGUCGCCCAUGCACCAAUUGUACUCUUGAUGGAAAGGUUUGCAUUGUUCCCAAUGGAAGACGAGGGAAGAUGACGUGGGGGGAUGAUGUAGACCAGCCUUCUCUACAACAUGUCGAAGAGGCGACCGAUCCUAAUAACGCCCGUGACCAUGUCGAGCGUGCUGUGGCCAGCGACCAAGAUUUAUCGAUGGGGCAACAAGAGUUCACUUUCGCCGACGAAAUCGAUGUUGAUAUAUCGAACGGGCUGGACGACAGCGGCCAAGCUCAUGACUCCGAUGGCUGGCCACAGGACACGCUUUGUUCGACUCAACCGGAUGAUAAACUGGUUGAAUCUUCAUUGAAAGUCUUCUCGAGUAACUUGAAAGGCUUCUUAGAAAAUCACACACAAUCUCGAACUGACGCUGUACCCGAGGAUGCAAUAACGUCGCCCGCGUCUGAUGCCAUGGCACUUUUUGCGGAAAGAGAAGUCAGCUAUACAAGGUACCCCUUCAUUAUUUUGAAUAACCUACGGAGCCUCGGACCAGAAGAUGUAGCGUACUUGGCGUCCCAAGACUGCCUCGUCAUUCCCACAGGAGAGACCCUGGAUCAUUUCUUGAAAAUGUACUUUCUGCAUGUGCACCCUCUCCUUCCAAUGAUCAACGAGGGUAAUUUCUGGAAGUUAUACUGUCAUGGACCAUGCGAAGAAACCGACAAGGUCCCGUUGGUACUAUUCCAGGCUAUUCUAUUUGCUGCCAGUAGCUUUGUAUCAGAAGAAGUUGUCAAACACCUGGGAUUUCCGCACACUCGAGCAGCAAGGGCAGCUUUCUACAAAAGAGCAAAGCUCCUGUACAACUUGGAAACCGAGUCUUCACUGGUUCCACUGGCACAAACAGCUCUUCUGUUGUCUUUUUGGGCCCCCGACCCAUUGGGCGGGCAAGGCGGCUUAUCGGAUUGUACUAAAAAUUCCACAGAGGCCUGGCUGGUUCUUGCGAUCCACGAUGCUAGAAACGCAGGUGCCCAUCUCCAAACAAAUAUGCAUUCUUCGGCUCCCGUGGAAAACUACAGCACAGAGCAAAAACGCCAAAAUACUCUGCGGAGAUUGUGGUGGUGUUGCCUGAUCCGCGACCGCAUCCUUGCCCUUAACUUGCGGCGUAAUAUCCAGAUCAAGCGGACGUACUAUGAUGCCGAUACUCUUUACCAAGACUUGAGUGAUGAGAUCCACCAGUCCCGGGUCUACAAUGCCGACACCAAACGCCGCACGAUCCGAGUCCUCGUACAACUUGCGCGACUGGCAACGACGCUCACGGAUGUGAUCCCACUCAUCUACCCAUCAGACGACGAGCCGAGGGACAAUUCCCCAACAGGCAAAGGAAGUUCAGCAAGGAAGUGCAAAGAGUUGCUUGAUGCCUGGUACAAGCCAGCUUUUUCAGAGCUUUCAAGUCUUGCCGGUGGUGCUGGCAACCUCGAUCCCGUGAUAUUAUACACAAAUUUCACAUAUAUUUAUUAUUACUCGGCCAAAAUCGCAGUUUGCCACCAUGAGGCUUUGCAGCUGGCGCUCUCUAACGCCUCAGCGAUGCUAGACUCAAUAGCUUUUGCUACCAUCUGCGAUAAUCAACAACAACUUCGGGAAGCCAUUUAUGGAGUCAGUGACUGUCUGGAACGUCUUAUUCAACUGGGCCUAGUUCGUUGGUUGCCAGUCGUAACGCUCGCCUGCCUCGCUCUCCCUCUAAUGUUGCAAAUUCUUGAUGUCAAGAUAUCGUCCCUGAACCCAAACUCGGUUGCAAUCAAGGCUUCGAAAACUCAAGCAACCGUAAAGCAGCGACGGCUUACAGUUCUAAUCGAGGCCGUGCGUGUAUACCACCCAAGAUACGCUACCGUUGACUAUAUCUGCAAAACAAUCCGACAUGUGACGAAUCUCGCGAAAUUAGACGUCAUAUCGAAUGUGGGUGCUGAUAUGGGAAUGGGCCAGCCCAUCAUCUCCGACUGGACGGACUUUUUGAUCCUAUCACCGGGCCAUUACUUGCAGCUGUCGAAUGCGCUAGAUUUCAGUCUGAAGAAGACUUGUUUGGCCCGAGCAGAUGAUAUUUCAUCUGACCUGAAACUACUACUCGGUACAGGCGCGAAGCUUCCCUCGCCUCAAGAGCACUCACUGACAUACCAACGACUUUCUCCGCCGAACGCAUUUGCCAUCCCUGGCCACUCCUGGGAUAUGGAGCCUGAUGAACGGUCAGGCUCAGUGAACCCUUCUUCCCAAUCGCACGUCAUUGAAGAAUCGAUCCUGGACGAGACAUUUCCCGUUCCAGAGUUACCGCCUUCUGCCGCUAUCGAACUUGGUCUCGAUUGGAUGGACUUUGGAGAGUUUCCAAUACUAGACCUGGGUCCAAUGUGA